AUGGACUUUAGCGAGCUGCUCAAUGAUAACAUCGACUAUGAUAUAGCCGACGAUGAAACAUUCAAUGAUCUGUUUGAUUCAUUUCUUGAUAAUGAUGAUGAACAGACGGCAAAUCCGAUCGAUUUAAAUAUAUUAUCAGCACUAAAUCCAUCUGUAUUGUCCAAUAUCAAUCAGCAAUAUACUGCAUCAACUUCAUUUGGCGAUUUUAUUCAAAAUUAUUUCAAAACAUCGAAAGAAUUUCAACAACAAUCAUUAAUUAAUUUAUCAUUAGAUAAUUCGGAAACAUUAAUAACGAAUACUCAAUCAGGAAUUAAAGAACUAUAUGUCGGCAAUAUUCCAUUACGUUCAACAGAAAUGGAAGUGACGAAUUUCUUCUUUAAUCUUGGCUACAAGGAUAUUUAUCAGUUUAUAAUGAAAAAAAAUCAACGCUAUACCUGGUAUGGUUUUGCGAAAUUUCAUUCAUCAAAAACGCCUGAAGACGUUUUAUUUGAUUUUCAAGAAAAUUCAUCAAAAUUCAUAUUUCAGAAUUCACAACUGCGUAUUAGUACACCACAUAGCCCCAAAAAGUCGUCAAUCUUGCCAGUAGAAAAUGAUGACGAACGAACACUUGAAUAUCCAAUUGAAAAUAUUCGAUUUGGAACAUUAAUUACUGCCUCAGCGAUAAAGAACAUUGUUGACAUGAAUCGAGAGAAUAUACUGUGCGAUUGUGGAUGCAUUGAUUCCUCUCUACUUUCACAAAAUGAUAAUCAAAAGUUAUGUUAUUUUGAAAUCGAUCAAAAAGCAAAAAAGAUAUCAAUUGUUAUCAAACGUUCGUCAGUUUCAUGUGUUGCUCAAACGUUGCAUGAAAUACAUGAAAUACGUUUUGAAUGGAAUUUUCGUGCUUUAAAACAUGACCGAAUAUCUCCAGUUUUUAUGUGUAAUAUUCAUCAAUUAAACGAAAAAUAUAAGCGAAUAGUUGAUCCAUACGUCUUUCUACUCCUUGAAAUUAGACGUCCACCAAUCAUUAUACACGUUAAACAUUUUCCACUAACUCUUCGUCGAGAUGAAACACGUUUACCGGGCAGUUUAUUGAUUGGACAAUCCAAUGCUUGGCUAUUUCAAAUUAAAGGAUCAAACAUGCAAGGACUAGUAUAUAAUGACUUAAUUAAUCAUUACAGUAAUAUGUUUCGUUAUCUUUCACGUCACAAUCUCUGUCCAAGUAAAUUUACACAAAACAACAUAAAAUAUUUAGUAUCAUCGCAAGAAGCUAGUGAACGACUCAAAAAAGUCAUAUUAUUAUCGAAUGAAAAUUGGAUCAAUGAUCACAAAAUUUUAUUCAAUAAUUUUAUCAAUAUUCGAUGGCCAAAAUUUAGUUUUGAAAUUAAAUUUGAAUUAAUGAAAUUAAUUUCAAAACAUCUAAUUACAGCUCAUGACCUCGUUGUCGACGAAAAUUUAUUAUAA